CCGCAUCUGGUUUUCCCCACUCGACCCAAAUUCAACGCAAAUGGCGGCGGCUUAUUCUUCGUCCUCCACCAUACUCGCCGCGAAAGGCUCGCGGCAGUACUCCUCCUUCCUCUCCGGUCAGAGCCAGCUCCUCUCUCCAUCGGCGUCCCGCCUCGCAUCCAUAUCUUUUCCCCGCCGCCAUGCCUCGCGCUUCAUGGUACUGGCCAUGGACGCCAAGCCCACCGUCCUCGUCGCUGAGAAACUCGGCGAGGCUGGGCUCACACUCCUAAAGGAGUUCGCCAAUGUCGAUUGCGCCUACAAUCUCACCCCGGAGGAGCUCUGCACCAAGAUCUCCCUCUGCGAUGCUCUCAUUGUCCGCAGCGCCACCAAAGUCAACCGCGAAGUCUUCGAGUCUUCCCACGGACGCCUCAAGGUCGUAGGUCGGGCUGGUGUAGGGAUAGACAACGUAGAUCUCGGGGCAGCCACUGAACAUGGAUGCCUAGUAGUGAAUGCGCCCACUGCCAAUACGGUGGCUGCUGCUGAGCACGGCAUAGCAUUGCUCACAGCUAUGUCCAGAAACAUUGCCCAAGCUGAUGCCUCCGUCAAAGCUGGAAAGUGGGAGAGAAACAAGUACGUUGGGGUAUCUCUUGUUGGAAAAACGCUUGCCGUGCUAGGUUUUGGCAAGGUAGGUUCUGAAGUUGCUCGACGUGCCAAGGGGCUCGGUAUGCAUGUAAUAGCACACGACCCAUAUGCCCCAGCUGACCGUGCACGUGCCAUAGGAGUGGAUCUUGUGAGUUUUGAUGAAGCCAUGGCAUCUGCAGAUUUCAUCUCGCUUCACAUGCCACUCACUCCUACCACAUCUAAGAUGCUAAAUGAUGAAACUUUCGUAAAGAUGAAAAAAGGUGUUCGGAUUGUCAAUGUUGCUCGUGGUGGAGUCAUUGAUGAAGAAGCAUUGGUGAGGGCCAUUGAUGCAGGCAUUGUGGCACAGGCUGCACUUGAUGUUUUCACCGAGGAACCUCCAGCAAAAGACAGUAAAUUGGUACAGCAUGAUAAAGUAACUGUAACUCCACAUCUUGGUGCUAGUACUAUGGAAGCUCAGGAAGGAGUUGCUAUUGAAAUUGCUGAAGCAGUAGUUGGAGCUCUUAAAGGAGAGCUUGCUGCAACCGCUGUUAAUGCACCCAUGGUCCCAGCUGAGGUAUUGACAGAGCUGAAGCCAUUUGUUGUUCUUGCUGAAAAACUUGGUAGACUAGCUGUACAGCUAGUAACAGGGGGAAGCGGUGUGAAAUCUGUGAAAGUGACAUAUGGCUCUGCGCGAGGUCCUGAUGAUCUAGACACCAGGGUGCUCCGUGCCAUGAUAACAAAGGGUCUCAUUGAACCCAUCUCCAGCGUCUUUGUCAACUUAGUCAAUGCAGAUUUCAGCGCCAAGCAAAGAGGAAUCCGCAUAGCUGAAGAACGGGUCAUUCUAGAUGGUUCCCCGGAAAAUCCUCUUGAGUUCAUUCAGGUUCAGAUUGCAAACGUGGAAUCGAAGUUUGCCAGUGCCAUUUCGGACUCAGGGGAGAUCAAAGUGGAGGGUCGUGUCAAAGAUGGGGUCCCGCAUUUGACAAAGGUCGGUUCAUUUGAAGUGGACGUAAGCCUGGAAGGGAGUAUCAUUCUGUGCAGGCAGGUUGAUCAGCCAGGCAUGAUUGGAAAAGUGGGCAGCAUUUUAGGGCAGGAGAACGUGAACGUGAGUUUCAUGAGUGUUGGGAGGAUUGCCCCAAGGAAGCAUGCUGUCAUGGCGAUUGGAGUUGAUGAACAGCCUAGCAAGGAAUCUUUGAAGAGGAUCGGCGAGAUCCCUGCCGUUGAGGAGUUUGUUUUCCUCAAGUUAUAAGGCAUAUAGUUAAUACGCUCAAGUCUCAAACUUUUUUUUCUGCCUCUUUUCUUUCUUUUUUGCAGUUCUCCUCCCAUUACGGGUAGCAAGGAUUUUGUUUACGCGGGGAAAAGAAAUGAUUUGCGUUUAUAUUUCAGAGAAUAAAGAGAGUAUGCAUUUACAUUUGUUUUUUGUUUUGUGGCUAUGAUUUUACAUAUAAUAUAUUGUUCAUUUCAGUCCUGAACGGCAUGGCAUGGUCUUUCUCGGAAACACUUUUGACUCCUACGGGUUGAUGCUAGAAAUGAACAGACGGAACAUCUAAUAUAGCCAUCUUCCAUGUAUAGACGGUGUUAAAAAUGGCGUCUUAAGGUGUGUUCUUUGCUCCACGUCUCUAAGAAGGAUGGUGUUAACAUUUGUGUCAAAAGUUGUGUGCCCCGAAUAUUAUUCUUGGGAAAUUGGCAUUGUAUUACAUUUUUUAGACAACUUUUGAGUUUGACACCAUCCUCUAUAUAGAGAUCCGGCACUAUUCAAUGGCUGCCAAUAUCCAUAAGAAGAAAGAUAUCAAAAUAAUGUAAGAAAUGGUGUACCUUAAG